CUUAAUUUUCACAUUGUGAAAUUCUCUGUCCUUUUCAUUUCUAUUUUCCCUCUCUUCUGAAAUUAUUCAUCACCAAUGGCAUCAACCAAAGUCGAAAUUCCCACUAUAGAUUUUUGCAAUCAUCAAGACCUAAAACCAAACACUUCAUUAUGGGAAUCCACAAAAGUUCAAGUUUUUGAAGCCUUAAAAGAAUUUGGUUGUUUUGUAGCAAUAUAUGAUAAAGUUCCAAAUGAUAUUAAAGAGGCUAUGUUUGAUACUUUAAAAGAAGUAUGUGAUCUUCCAUUGUCCAAAUUGAAAGAAUAUAGAGAGAAACCUUAUCAUAUUUAUGACAAGAAAAUCCCAAGUUUACCAAUCCAUAAUAGUGUAAGAUCUGCUGAUUUGCUACUCCCAAAUAGUGUUGGAACUUUUGCUAAUACCUUUUGGCCUCAUGGAGAAAAACCUAACAUAUGCAAUGUGGUAAAGUCCUACUACAAGCCACUUAUGGAAUUGGAUGAAAUGGUAAAAAAGAUGGUUUUGGAAAGUCUUGGGCUACAAAAUUACAUUGAUGAAUUCUUGGACGGAAAUUCUUACUUGUUGAGGUUCACAAAUUAUAAGGCAAUUCAAGGUGAUGAUGGGAAAAUACCAGGAUUAGGCCCUCACACAGAUGGUAGCUACUUGACCAUUAUUACACAAGAUCAAAAUGGAUUGCAAUUGAAAAAAAAUGGAGAGUGGAUUGACUUCAAUACUACACCAAAUUCCUAUGUUGUUUUAUCAUCAGAUGCCUUCAAGGCAUGGACAAAUGGUAAAAUAUCAGCUGCUGUCCACAGGGUAGAUAUCUCAAGGGACAAUGAUAGAUUGUCUAUUCAAUUGUUUUCAUCACCAAAUCCAGUUUAUACUGUGGAGGCCCCAAAAGAAUUAGUGGAUGAAGUACAUCCUUUACUCUUCAAGCCUUUUAAAAUGCUUGAUUAUUAUGCCUAUGCUUUGUCAGGUUCUAAAAAGGGAGUUGGUCUCAAGUAUUUUUGUGGUGUUUGAAAAUUUAUAUGUACAUUCGGAUUGACUUAUUUUAAGUGUGUUUAGAUAAUUUUAUUAUAUUCGUAAAAUAAAAAUGUUUGAAUUUUUAAUUUAUGACUUUUGAUUUAUAAGUUAAAGAUCAAAAGUCAAUUUGAACAUGUUUGAAUUGGUUUAUUUCAAGUGUUUUUAGCUAAUUUUUUAUAUUCACGUAAAAUAAAAAAGUUAGAAUUUCUAACUUAUGACUUUUGAUGUAUAAGUCAACUGUCAAAAGUCAAUCCAAACAAGCUAAGAGAAGCUGUUAUUGUAUUUCUUUUAAUGAAUAUUGGACCUCGUUGGUUCAUUUAUGUUAUUUUUUCUCGUAUCGAGACAUUUCAGACUUUCACUUGUAUUUCUUACCCUUGAGACUUGUACUGUUUGAUUUUCAGAUUUUGAGUUAAUCUUU